ACGCCGCCCGCCGCCCGCCGCCCGCCGCCCGCCCGCUCUCCGGAGGCCGUGGGUGCGGAUGCGCCGCUGACGACUCGCCGCGACCAGCAGUGCCGCCGGGCCGCCGGCCGGAUCCCGCAGCAUGGCAGCCGCCGCCUAUGUGGACCACUUCGCCGCCGAGUGCCUCGUGUCCAUGUCGAGCCGCGCGGUCGUGCACGGGCCGCGGGAGGGGCCGCAGGCCGGACCCGAGGGCGCGGCCGCCGCUGUCGCCGCCACGCUGCCCCGCGUCGAGGAGCGCCGCGACGGCAAGGACAGCGCCUCGCUCUUCGUGGUGGCGCGGAUCCUGGCGGACCUCAACCAGCAAGCGCCGGCGCCCUCCCCGGCGGAGCGCAGAGAGGGCGCCGCGGCCCGGAAGGCGAGGACCCCCUGCCGCCUGCCGCCGGCGCCGCCGCCCGCCCCCGAGCCCGCCUCCCCCGGCGGCGGAGGUGCGGCGGCCGCGCCCCUCAGCCCCGCGUGGAGCGAGCCCGAGGCCGAGCUCGAGGCGGGGCUGGAGCCCGAGCGGGAGCCGGGGCCCGCGGGGAGCGGCGAACCCGGCCUCAGACAAAGAGGCCGGCGGGGCCGAAGUCGCGCCGACCUCGAGUCCCCGCAGAGAAAGCACAAGUGCCACUACGCGGGCUGCGAGAAAGUUUACGGGAAGUCCUCGCACCUCAAGGCGCACCUGAGAACUCACACAGGUGAGAGGCCCUUCGCCUGCAGCUGGCAGGACUGCAACAAGAAGUUCGCGCGCUCGGACGAGCUGGCCCGGCACUACCGCACACACACCGGCGAGAAGAAGUUCAGCUGUCCCAUCUGCGAGAAGCGCUUCAUGCGCAGCGACCACCUGACGAAGCACGCGCGCCGCCACGCCAACUUCCACCCGGGCAUGCUGCAGCGGCGCAGCGGGAGCUCGAGGACCGGCUCCCUCAGCGACUACAGCCGCUCGGACGCCAGCAGCCCCACCAUCAGCCCAGCCAGCUCUCCAUGAGCCCGGCCACCGCCCCGCCCCCCGGCAGCAGCACAGCCCCGCCCAGGGCCCCGCCCCCUCCCUGGGGCUGGCCGAGGACCCUCCACCCCCACUACAGCCAUGAGCAGAUGCUCACCCCUCUAUUCCUGAUGCCGUGUCUUUCCCUUUUGUAAGAAGAAAGAAGAGAGAACUUUAUGAAGUCAAUAACAAUAACACAACAAUUUCUUCACCUCAGGUGUCAAAGUAAAUUUGUAAAAAAAAAACAAAAAAUUUUCAAAAAACACCAUUCAUAAAUUGCACAAUAGGCAUACCCACAAAGGUGAGAUUCAGUGGUGUUGCACCCGCCCCCCCUUUCUCAGGGAUGGACAUGUUCCACAAGGUCAGUGAGGACACUCCCUUCCUGCCGCCUUAUUCUGUACAUAGAUUUGCACUCUGGAGUUUUCUGUUAGGUUCAGGGACACACUGGGGACAGAGACAAGCAGUACAGGUGCAGCUCAGCAUCCAGCUUGUGGGUGAAUUGGUCAGUCCGUCCUGCAUGGAUGUGGUCACUGACACUUGCUUUCAGGCCAUAUUCCUAAGCUGAGGGCCUCCCCACCAGCCUCUGCCCCAGCAGCCUGGCCGGGCUCAGGACAUACAUGUUCAGAGGGAUGCCUUAAGCUGUACCGAGCAGAAGAAGCACUCCACCUGGGGAGCCCAUUUCCCUCUCCCUGCCUCCAGGAGCGGCCUUCUGGGCCUCUCAGAGCCCUGGAAGCAGAGAUGCAAGCCCUGAUUGAUCAGCCUGCUGCACCACCUAAAGUCCGUCGUGAAGGGGACCUUGGGGCCACCACGUUCACCCUGCCCUUGGCCUGCUUGAGGUAUGUGCUCCAUGGAGGGACACCUCCUAUCCUGUGUCCUGCAGAAGACACAUGGGGACCUCUCACUAUUUCACAUUCUCUGACUGGAAAGUAGAGCCUGGGAAUCCCGGUCUUCUUCAGAGAUGUCUGCAAGUGUCUCCAGUCCCUGUGUUCUCCUGGACCGGCCCUGCUACCAAGACACCUUUGUUUGGAAUAGCAGGGAAGGUUGUUGGGCCCCCUGGCCAGAGGCCCAGUGUGUGUGGCCGUGCAUGUGGCAGUGCUUGGUGCUUCACAGAGACUGUUCUGUAGCAAGAGACCGGAACAUUGUGACUUGGAACUUUUCGGGAGUGGUAAAGCAGAUGUAGUGGGAAAUGCUGUCGGAGAAUGUGCAUUGUUUCCUCCCCGGGGAACACCAGACAGAAAGUUGUGGGAAAUACUUUGCUUACACCCACCAUGUUCCCAGCUCAGAAUUAGCAAACUUCCAGCUUCUCCAUGAGGUUUGCACCCCCUGGACUUCUCCUGUUCCCUCCCAUCAUUCUCCUGCCUGGGCGGCCCCAGCCCAUACCUAUCUGUGGCGACUCAGGGCUGUGGGUGCUCCAUCACCAGGUUCUGCCGGGGAGAGGAGGAGCAGAGAGCUAAGCACUUUGUCUUGGAGCCCCAGCCUGAGCCCAGCUGGGGUCUGAGCCCUGGCAGAGCAAUCAGGCUGGGCUCCAGCGUGCUGCUCCUCUGCAGGCAUUUGGAGGUUCCUCCUCAGUACUGCUGUCCAGGCACUGCCCUUCCCUUCCUCCUCAGAGUUCGGGCCUGUAAAUACAAGCCCCCAGGACAGUGUGUGUGUGUGUGUGUGUGUGUGUGUGUGCG